UCCAUUAUAUUCAUCACUUCCUUUAUAUGAUCAGUGAUUUCUCUCACAAUAUAGCCACCAUGCCCGAGGCUCCUGCUGACGCAAAUGGCCUUGAUCAUGUUGCCCCAAAUGCUGAUAACACCCCCACCCGGUAUCACCGCGAGAGAGCUCUGAAAUACAUUGAAGACGUCACCGGCAACGCCGGUGACUUUCAAAGAAGUGUCCUCUCUGAGAUCCUUUCUCGCAGUGCCCAUAUCGAGUACCUCCAACGACAUGGUCUUGAUGGUCGUACUGACGCCCACUCUUUCAAGAAGUUCAUCCCCAUCGUCACUUAUGACGACUUAAAACCAGAUAUUGAUCGUAUUGCCAAUGGUGACACUUCCCCAAUUUUAUGUUCCAAACCCGUCUCAGAAUUCUUGACUAGCUCCGGAACAUCUGGUGGAGAAAGGAAAUUAAUGCCGACGAUCGAAGAGGAGCUGGACAGGAGGGCGUUGCUUUAUAGCCUUUUGAUGCCGGUGAUGAGCCAAUAUGUCGAGGGUUUGGACGAGGGCAAAGGGAUGUACUUUUUGUUCGUAAAAUCAGAAGCUAAGACACCGGGAGGACUUUUAGCUCGUCCAGUUUUAACCAGCUACUACAAAAGCUCUCACUUUAAGGACAGACCCUUUGAUCCCUACACCAACUACACCAGCCCCAACGAGACCAUUCUCUGCCCUGACUCUUUCCAAAGCAUGUACUCCCAGUUGCUUUGUGGGCUUUGUCAAAACGAUCAAGUCCUUCGCGUUGGGGCUGUUUUUGCUUCUGGGUUUAUUCGGGCCAUUAAGUUCCUCGAAAAACAUUGGGUUUCCUUGUGCAAUGACAUAAGAACCGGUACAAUAGACCCCAAAAUCACUGACCCUUCAGUGAGAGAGGCCGUCAUGAGGAUACUCAAACCAAAUCCCCACCUUGCGGCUUUUGUGGAAGCCGAAUGUGCCCAAGAGUCGUGGAAGGGGAUCAUUCCUAGAUUAUGGCCUAACACCAAGUAUGUUGAUGUAAUCGUCACAGGAACCAUGUCUCAAUACAUUCCCACUUUGGAUUACUAUAGUAACGGUCUUCCUCUCGUGUGCACCAUGUAUGCUUCCUCUGAGUGUUACUUUGGCCUCAAUCUAAACCCUUUGUGUGACCCAAGUGAGGUCUCUUACACCCUCAUCCCCACCAUGGGUUACUUUGAGUUCUUGCCUCUUAACAAGAAAAACGGGCUCACCAACUCAGGUUCUCACCCAGACCAGCAGUUAGUUGACCUUGUAGAUGUGAAGUUGGGUCAGGAGUAUGAGAUUGUAGUUACCACUUAUUCAGGCCUCUAUAGGUAUCGGGUUGGGGAUGUACUGCGUGUGGCUGGAUUCAAGAAUAAGGCCCCUCAAUUCAACUUUGUAUGUCGAAAGAACGUGGUCCUGAGCAUAGAUUCUGAUAAGACCGAUGAAGUUGAGCUGCAAAAUGCUGUGAAGAAUGCAGCCAAUCAUCUUCUUCAGUUUGGGGCAUCCCUGACAGAGUACACAAGCUGUGCGGACACCUCAACUAUCCCCGGCCACUACGUGCUAUACUGGGAGAUUAACAUGAGUGACCAAACCUCAAUCCCUCCUUCUGUUUUUGAGGAUUGUUGCCUUGCAGUUGAAGAAUCGCUCAAUAGCGUGUAUCGCCAAGGCAGGGUUUCUGACAAGUCCAUUGGGCCUCUAGAGAUUAGGAUAGUGGAGAACGGGACAUUUGAUAAGCUUAUGGACUUCUCUCUGAGCAUGGGUGCAUCCAUUAAUCAGUACAAAACUCCUCGAUGCGUGAAAUACGCUCCGAUCAUAGAGCUUCUCAACUCCAGAGUUGUUUCAAGUUACUUCAGUCCAAAAUGCCCAAAAUGGACUCCUGGGCAUAAGAAGUGGUGCACCCUGGAAUGAAAAUGAAUAGGCAUGUUGAGCUUGAUAAUUGGCUUUUAGUUGUGUGACUUAGUAGUAGAUCAUAUCUUAUGUAGGGGCAUGCAUACAUGCGUCCAGUGUUAUCUUUCAACUGUCCAAUUAAUAAUCCAGUGCAAGAAGGUUUAAAGGGUUCGUGUUUAGUUCA